CAAAACACUCGAUUCCACACGAUUCCGCCAUUGUUGGUCAAGGAAUUGAGCUUUACAUUGUCCAUUUCUCGAAGUUGGUUUCACGGAUUGAAAUCGCUGCAGUCUCACGAAGCCACCAUUCUCGUUUCACAUCUGACAGGAAUGAGAUAUUGGUUCAUUUGAUGUCUUUGUUGUUCUGAUUUCUGAAAUUUGAGCUGUUUGAAGAUAAUUUCUUGGUUGAGAAAUGGAAUGCAAUAAGGAAGAGGCCUUAAGGGCGAAAGAGUUAGCUGAGGAUAAGAUGAAGAAUGGUGAUUUCGUUGGUGCUCUGAAGCUUUUGUUAAAGGCUCAGUGUCUCUUCCCAGGUCUUGAGAGUUUACCACAAAUGAUAGCUGUGUGUGAUGUUCAUAAGUCUGCUGAGACGAAAAUCAACGGUCUUGAGAAUUGGUAUGGUAUUCUCCAAGUUAUGCAUUUUGCUGAUGAUGCUACGAUCAAGAAGCAGGUCAGGAAGCUUGCCUUGCUUCUCCAUCCUGAUAAAAACCAGUUUCCCGGUGCAGAGGCUGCUUUUAAAUUGGUUUGGGAUGCUAGUAGUUUUCUCGCUGACAAGGAUAAACGGUCUCGGUAUGAUAUUAAGCGCAGAAUCUAUUUACGGUUUGCUAGUAAAGAUUCGACUGCAAACUCUGGUGUACAACGUCCAGCUGCAAACAGUGCUAGUGAUAGUGCUAUUAGCAAUGUUACAUUUUGGACACGUUGUGAGCAUUGUGGCUAUAGGUAUAAAUACUUGAGAAAAUAUGUGAACACUGUUCUGCAUUGUACCAGUUGUCAAAGAACUUACAUGGCCUACGACACUGGAUUUAAUGCACCACCACCUAAACCAAGUACUGGUCAAACAGAAGUUCGAAAUCAAGGGCCAUGUAACACAUCUGCUGAGGUCGAAAAGAAAGUCCAACCAGGAAGUGUAGCAGCUGAGGUCGAAAAGAACGAAUCUUUCAAUGAGAAUAUCAACAACAAGAAUGGAGGAGGUGAGAGCAAGAAAUUUGAAGUAAAAGAAUCCAGAACAGAGGCUGAAUCCAUGAAGAAUUAUGAUGUAUCAAGUAAUGAAGGAAAGAUGAAGAGUGCAGCUAAACUAAACAAGCCACAACCUAAGGUUACAGAACCUGAAAGAGGUGCAUCAAAAUCUGUACCUGAUGAGUCAGUUUCAAGGAGUGAUAAAGCACCCUCUAUGAGCAAGGACAAGAACAAGAGAAAAAAAUGUGUGGAGGACCCCAUUGAGAUUAUUAAUGUUGAUGCCUCUGAUAUUAUUAAGGAUAAAGCGGAUUCAAAAGAUAGUAAUAAGAGGAAAUCUCCAAGGAGAAGCCAACAGAGUUCUCACGCAGUGGAGGUAGGCAGUGAUGAUUUCCUAAGCCCUCCAAAAAAAAGGUCAAAGUCAAAGUCAAACAGUGGAUUGAAAUCUGAGCAAACUACGAAGAAAGGAUUCGGCGGUGUUGGUUCAUCUAAACGUCUUGAUUCUGGUGGUUCAUGUGCCCCUUCAUGUGUGUUAGGAAAAGCUAAGAAAAAUGUGGAUUCUGGAUAUCCUGAAAUCUCAUCAACCAAAUACAAAGAUCAUGACGGAUGUGAAGCAAAUGGAGAAAGGGUGGUUAUGGCUGGAAAGAUGGACAGUAACCACAAUGCGAACGAAAUGCUUAUUACAGAGGAUUCACCUGAUCCAGAGUUCAGUAAUUUUGAACUGACAACAAACUGUUUUGCUGUCGACCAGGUGUGGUCUAUAUAUGAUUCGAUUGACGGUAUGCCUCGGCUGUAUGCUCGGAUAAAGAAAGUGUUGGAUUCUGAGUUCAAGAUGUGGAUUACGUGGAUUGAGCCACUACAUGAUGUCAAAGAGAACUCUAUUCCCAUUGCUUGUGGGAUCUUUCGGGAUGGGGAUACAGACGAAGAAAACGACCACUUAAAAUUUUCUUGUCAGAUGUUUCACUUAACUCGCAACAAUAGCACCGUCAUAUAUCCAAGAAAGGGGGAAAUUUGGGCAGUUUUCAGACGCUGGGAUAUCAGUUGGAGUGCUACCUCAGAAAAUCAUAAACAGCCUUAUGAAUAUGACUUUGUUGAGAUUCUGUCUAAUUUUAAAGAUGAGAUUGGCCUUGGAGUGGCCUAUCUGGGAAAAGUGGAAGGGUUUGUCUCCCUCUUUCACCAAGCUGCACAAAAUGGAAUUCUCCAAAUUCAAAUUCCGCCAAGUGAGAUGCUUAGGUUUUCGCAUAAAGUGCCGGCAUUCAAAAUGACUGGAAAGGAGAGAGAAGGUGUUCCUCCUGGGUGCUUCGAAUUAGAUACUGCUGCUUUACCAAAACAAUUGUUUGAGAUUGAUUAUUCAAAAGCUGAUGUUGUGUUGAAUAGAGAAAGGCCGGAUGGUAAAACUAUUGGUCCUUUUCCUGAAGCUUCCAAGGUUAAAAUGCAGGCAAAUACUACUCCAGAGAGCAGUCCACUGGGAAAAAAACGUCCAAAAGUCCAUGACAAGCAUGUUUCAUUCUCCAAUGAAUCUGAUGGUAGACGUACUAAUCAUGAAAUGAACUCAGUGAAGAAGACCAGAAAGAGUGUCAAAGCAGUAGAUGGCUUGAAACUGCGAAAAUCUCCUCGUCUAUUGAGUCAGACAAAAAAUCAAGUAACUUCACGGUCAGGUCGAGAAAUAGCUGAGAAGAUGACUACCCCAAAGAAAUCUGAGAAGACUACCACAAUGGAUUCCUCAAGAACGAGAAAAUCACGUCGGGAUAUAUACAAACUGACAGGGAACCUAAAGAAACAUGGGAGAAAUGAUGAUUCAUUGUCUGAGUCCAGGGGUAAUGGUUUACUGACUCAGUUAAAUGGUAGUGCAAAAGGCCCAGAACCAGUGACUCAUGUGCCAUCCAAACCCGAGGAAGAAAACCAUUUUGACUUCGAGAGCCAGAGAUCUUGGGACAAAUUUCAGAUUGAUCAAGUAUGGGCCGUUUAUAGCAAUGACAAAGGGAUUCCCAGAAAGUAUGCUCAGAUCAAGAAAAUCGACACUAUCCCUGAAUUCAAGUUACAUGUAGCUCCUCUAGAGCUGUAUCGCCCUCCAACACACAUGCCACGACCUGUGUGCUGUGGCCGCUUCAAAUUGAAGACCGGUAAAGCAGAAGUCCUUCUACCUAGCAGCUUCUCACAUCAGGUUCAAACUGUGAAGAGUAAAAGGAGCAGAUUCGAAGUAUACCCAGGAAAGGGUGAGAUAUGGGCUCUGUACAAGAACUGGAACACCACAGAUAACGCCGAGACUGAAGAGCUUGAGAUUGUUGAAGUAGUGGAAACCGACGAGCAGAGGAUAAAAGUGAUGCCUUUGCAGUCAAAGGAGUUUAACAACAAGCCUCUCUACGAAAGAACUCAACAGUCAAAUGCCACUUCUGUAGACAUUUCAAAGACCGAAGUGUGUCGAUUCUCGCAUCAGAUUCCUGCGUUUAGGCACGAGAGAAGAGUGUCUCGGUUCGGAGAUGGUGCAUACUGGGAGCUUGACGUUAAAGCAGUUAGGGGUCUCAACUCAGAGAACGCAUAGGUCUCUCUUUGUUUUGUGAAGUCGCACAUAUAUUUAUCUAGUUGGGACAUAAUUGGGGGAAUGUGACACUAAUAAGUUGGAAUUUAUGUAUUUAAUUUAACAUUAA